UGUUAACCGAGGCGUUUGUAAACCGAGGUCCCACUGUAAUUCGAAUUAUCUCAAUAUAAUCUAAAUAAUGAUCUCCUUAUAAAAUAUUAAAUGCUUAUGAUGUAAUAAUAAAUAUGGCAGUGAGGCUGCAGGCACAUGAUCUAAUACACUAAAACUGCUUCAUUAAGCUAAAGUUGUUUUGGUGCUUGGCAUGUCCCCUUUAAUGAUAUAAUAAAAUUCCGGGUUGGCUAAUGUCCGUGUGCAUUCCUUCACAGAGGAGAGCAGUCAGCUGAUGUACAGGUAAGGCGGGAAAUGACUGGGUAAUCGGGCCAGGGUACUCCUAGCAUCAUAGCCACCAUAGCGGGAUGUACAGGGGCCGCAGAGGAACCUUUUAAAGCCCUGUGAUAUAUUUCGGAAGCCAUCCCCCUGAUUCCCUUGCUGCCUCACCAGCGGAUAAAUGUUGUUGUGUGGCUCAGCAUAGUGUAUCUGUUCUCUCAGCAGCCAUGAAAACAUACAGACAUGGCGUAGUUCUCCAGGUAAUGCAACUAACGCAAUUUCAUUUUGGUGCUUUUUUUUCAGGAGCUGAAGCAACAGAAAUGGAUCAAGAGCUGGAUCACAGAAACAUGAAGGAGAACAUACUAACCGUGCGUGAUCUCCACGAGACACCUGAACACGGGGAGAUUAGAGAGAACAUACUAACCGUGCGUGAUCUCCAGGAGACAUCGGAACACGGGGAGAUUAGACAGAACAUACUAACAGAGCGUGAUCUCCACGAGACACCGGAACACGGGGAGAUUAGAGAGAACAUACUAACAGAGCGUGAUCUCCACGAGACACCGGAACACGGGGAGAUUAGAGAGAACAUACUAACAGAGCGUGAUCUCCACGAGACACCGGAACACGGGGAGAUUAGAGAGAACAUACUAACAGAGCGUGAUCUCCACGAGAUGCAAGAAUAUAUAUCAAAAUUUGAGGCGACAGAAGCCGAAAGCAUCAGGUAA